GAGGGAGGAGUUUGCAGCCGUGGCUGCCACCUAUGGUGGAAGCCCAAUGGUGGCAGGGGGGCUGACUCGCCAACUGGGAGGAAGAGAGCCAGCUAGCACCGCGCUGGAGACGCGGUUGGCAUCCUCUUCACCUGCCCAGUCGCCCUCCUAGACGCGCUUCCCGUUUAGGAAUCCAUCACCCACCCACCUCCAGCUUUCUCAAGCACGCACUCGGUUGUUCGCCUGCUGAUCUUCCUCCGCUACAGGCUCUUGGCUGAGACCACAGCUAGGUGUCCGAUUUGGGCACUUGAGGCCCGCGAUUCCCGGUGGUGGACGCCAAGGAGGGCAAGGCCAUUCAUUGGCAUGAAGACCCCCAAUGCACAGGAGGCUGAAGGGCAACAAACCAGGGCAGCUGCUGGAGGGGCCACUGGGUCUGCCAACAAAACAAAGAAAAAAGCCUCCCAAAAGAAGCAUAGAGGCAGACCUUCUUUUCUGCCCCGCAGGAACAUUGUAGGCUGCAGAAUUUCUCACGGAUGGAAGGAAGGUGAUGAGCCCAUCACGCAGUGGAAAGGAACCGUUCUGGAUCAGGUGCCUAUAAAUCCCUCUCUUUAUCUGGUGAAAUAUGAUGGAAUCGACUGUGUCUAUGGACUGGAACUUCACAGAGAUGAAAGAGUUUUGUCUCUUAAAAUUCUUCCUGACAGGGUGGCAUCCUCUCAAGUCAGUGAUGCCAACCUUGCAAAUACCAUAAUUGGCAAAGCAGUGGAACAUAUGUUUGAGGGUGAGCAUGGUUCUAAGGAUGAAUGGAGGGGAAUGGUCUUAGCCCAAGCACCUAUCAUGAAAGCCUGGUUUUAUAUUACUUAUGAGAAAGAUCCUGUCCUGUACAUGUAUCAACUUCUAGAUGAUUAUAAAGAAGGUGACCUCCGUAUCAUGCCAGAGUCCAAUGAAUCUCCUCCAGUGGAGAGGGAGCCAGGGGGAGUUGUAGAUGGCCUGAUAGGUAAACAUGUGGAAUAUACCAAAGAAGAUGGCUCCAAAAGGAUCGGCAUGGUCAUUCACCAAGUGGAAGCCAAACCCUCUGUGUAUUUCAUCAAGUUUGAUGAUGAUUUUCAUAUCUAUGUCUAUGAUUUGGUGAAAAAGGCUUAACUCUUAGGGUAACGUUUGUCACAUUUGUGAAAACAAACACAUAAUUUGUAGACAUGCAAAAAAUGUUGCUUUUCAGUGUAUUGAAAAUUUAAAGGUUCCUGAUAACCAACAUCCUCUG